CGGCGGAAAUGAAUUGAUUAUCUUUUUGGCAGACCAAAAGGAACCUUACUUUAAGCCCCGUGUUAAGUUACCGAUGAAAUCUCUAGGUGUUAUCAUAACCAGUGUAGUUCCAGGAGACUAUGAUGGUGACUCACAAAUGGAUGUCCUCCUGACUACCCGCACCCAAAAUCAUGGCAAAGAUGAACUUUCAGUGUUCAUUUUCUGGGGACACAACCAAACAUUAGAUCUUAACCAUAAAACUAUGAUAAAUAAGACUUUUCAUGAUGAGCCUCUAGUAAUGGACUUUAAUGGUGAUUUGAUUCCUGAUGUCUUUGGUGUCACAGGUGAUUCAGAUAAGCCACAGAUACUGAUAGGCGGGAACUUAUCACGGCAUGCUGCACUGGACACCCGGAGUAGGAUGUAUAUACCACACUCUCAUGCAUUUAUAGACUUAAAUAAUGACUUCACAGCUGGUAAGUCAUAAAAGUGCUAAAAACUU